CCUCCUCCGCGUUCCAUUGAGCACGACCGCCAUGGAGGACUCCACCCUCUCCUCGCCUUCAGUUAGAUUAGGUUAACUCUCUCCCAGUGCAGCUCCGCCCUCAUUGAUCUGAUUCCGACGUAUCUUCCAAGUUCCUCCCUCGCUUCCUCCGUCGCCGCCCCUCGAGUCGCUCCGAUUCCUCCGCGGUUCGCUGCUUUUUGAGGAGAUUUUUUUUCUUUUUCUGAGAUUCCGCUGCUGGUUCUGCCCCGGAACCAUGGAUUCUUCUGGAGGGAUCCCGGAUCCGUACUCCGUACAGACUAGCGGCGGCGCUGGGGGUCUGCCGAGGCGGUUCGGCUUCCUGCCCUCCAAUUUCAUCCAGGCGCCGCUCUCCGCUCUGCUAGAGUACUCCGGGAUCCUUCGUGUGCGGUCGGUCCAUUCGGAGAGUGAGACCUCGAUCGGACCUGGUCGGAUCGAGGAGCCCGGUUUCGCCAGCGGGCGUGGCGCUGGGGAGGUGGAGAUAAGGAUAAUCGGGGUCGGGGACGAGGAUGGUUUCGGGGUCGGGACUAGCCAGGCGCAGAGCUUGGAGGAGGAUGCGAUUCCGGGCGGUAGCGGUCUUCAAGGGGAGUUACACGUCGGUUCGUCUCAGUGGCGAGGUAGAGAUGGGGAGAGUGAUAUUGGCGUCGUGGAGGUUGGUUCGUCUUCUUCGGCUUUACCGAUUUCCAUCUCGAGUGGCGUUGGUUCAAACUCAGAUGGUGAGGUGAGUGCUGCUGGUGGUAACAACAGGGAUUCCUCGUACCAGAGAUAUGAAAUACAGGAAGUCGCUAGGUGGAUUGAGCAGGUACUUCCUUUCUCGUUGCUCCUGUUGGUGGUGUUCAUCCGGCAGCAUCUGCAAGGUUUCUUCAUUACAAUCUGGAUGGCUGCUGUGAUGCUUAAGUCAAAUGAUAUUUUGAGAAAACAAACUGCUUUAAAGGGAGAGCGAAGAAUAGUGAUACUUAUUGGAAUUACAAUAGUCUUCACCAUGCAUGUGUUUGGAGUGUUGUACUGGUGGUACAGAGCUGAUGACCUUCUGUACCCACUGGUCAUGCUUCCCCCUAAAAGAAUACCUCCAUUUUGGCAUGCGAUAUUUAUCAUUAUGGUUAAUGAUAUAAUGGUGCGACAAGCAGCUAUGGUAGUCAAAUGUGUGCUUUUGAUGUACUACAAAAAUAGUAAGGGUCGUAAGUACCGGAAGCAGGGUCAGAUGCUAACUCUUGUAGAGUAUGCUCUUCUUUUGUACCGGGCAUUGUUGCCGACACCUGUUUGGUACCGCUUUUUUUUGAACAAAGAAUAUGGGAGCAUCUUUUCAUCUCUGACUACAGGUCUUUAUCUUACCUUCAAGUUGACUUCAGUUGUAGAGAAGGUUCAAUCUUUGAUUACUUCAUUGAAGGCAUUGUCACGUAAAGAUGUACAUUAUGGCUCCUACGCAACAACUGAACAGGUAAUUUCUGCUGGCGAUAUGUGUGCUAUUUGCCAAGAGAAGAUGCAUGCUCCAAUCCUUCUUAGCUGUAAGCAUAUCUUCUGUGAAGAUUGCGUCUCUGAAUGGUUUGAGCGAGAAAGAACAUGCCCGUUGUGCAGAGCAUUGGUGAAACCAGCAGACCUCAGAUCAUUUGCUGAUGGUUCUACAAGCUUACAUUUCCAGCUAUUCUAAUUUAACACGUCAAAGUAUGGUCAGAAAUUGUCACUAUGGUUGUUAGCUCCUCCCUUCUAUUCGCCUGUGUAGCAGAGGCACAAAUUUUUAAUGCAGUGGCUGUCGUCUCACUGAUAUUUAUCCCGAUUAUAGAGCUCCCGACAGCAAAUUCCAACAAACGAUUGAAGGAGCUAUCUAUCCUGAUCAUAUAUAUAUGAUGUAUGCACUUCAUUCUCAUUCUAACGAGCAAUACAUGAGUUCAAAAUUUAAUAAUGUUCAUAUCUGUGCUGUUAUUGCAAA